AUGAGCGCUCACGCCAUUUUUAUUUAUAUGUGGUGGGGGGUAACAAAGUGUGCAACAUUGUCCGUAGGAUUUAUAAUUAUCAAAAGAUUGAUGAAAAGGAAUGCUUAAUUUUGCGAUGUACUUGUAAUACAAAUUGUGAUUAUUUGUAAGAUAAAAUCAUAUUCUACGCGCAACGUAUAAAGUUAUUAAUGCAAUUGCUGGACCUUCGUGUUACUGGUGUCAACUACAGAUUUUUCUACAAUUACAACUUGGAUAAAAUGGAUUAUCGUCAAAAGAUGAUUAUACCUUCCCAACAAAAUACAAAGAAUGAUGAUGAGGAUGAUGAAGAUUUGGAAGCUUUAAGACUUGCAGCUCUUCAAUCAUUAAGGACUAAAGACACUGUACAUAAUAAAAAGCAACCCCCACCACAGAAAACUAUUUCAGAUGUAAUACAAACAUCUCAUACAUCAUAUAAAGGUCAACGGCCUUUACGAAGAGGAUAUUUUCAUAACCGAAUGCAACAGCGACAGAAUGGCAAUGUAUAUUAUCAAAGUCCACGUAAUCCAAAUUUGAUAGCAAUAAUUCCUGUAGAUGAACGUCCUGUGCUGCAGCAAACUGAUUUAGCUUGUUCAGUAGAAAAAAUUGUUCCCAAUAUUGAGUCUUAUUCUACAGAAGUAACAAAAUUUCAUCGUUUCAAAGAUAAUGGAAGUGGUUCCGAUGAAGAAGAUAAUAAAGAACAAAAAAAUACAGUUACGAAAUCAGAAACUGUUAAGAAAGAUAGUGUAGAUGAUAAAAUAUCCACAAUGGUUGAAAAUCAGACAGAAAUUGUGGAAAACUUAAAAAAGGCUGAGGAAGAUCAAGGUGGAGUCAAUGAUGAUGAUGAUGAUAUCAUUAUAAUGGCUGAUCUUGAAGAGGAAGAUAGCUUAGAGCGUUUAAUGGAUGAAAUGGAAAGAGAAAUGAAUGUUGAUAAACCGUCCGAAAGGAAAGAAAAGAAAAGUAACAGAAAAGAAAACAGAGAAUCUAUGAAAAAAGAUGAGAUAAAUAGGAAUAUAAGCCAGAAAAACAGAACAGAAGAUAGCAAUAUUCGAAAAGAAAGUUAUAGUCCGGCACCAGCAACAACCAUCAUAAAAAAUGAAAGACGAUCUAUAUCUCCACAUACAGUUAAUCGAAUUUCACAAAAACGUAGAUCAUUAUCACCAAGAUCGCGGUCAAGGAAGAAAUCACCUAGAAGAUCUCCUAGAAGAUCACCUAGUAGGCAGUCAAAAAAAUCUCAGCGAGAAAUAACUAGGUAUAGAUCGCCUCGAAAGUCUCCAGUACGUUAUUCUCCGCGAUCACGAUCACCUAAGCUUUCAUCACGAUCAAGAUCACCACGAUUAUCACCACGUAGAUCUCCAAAUAAGUCUCCAAUAAGAUCACCUAUUAAGAGAUGUCUGUCUCCAAGAGGAAGAUCUCCGAAACUUUCGCCGCAUUCCAGAUCUCCUAGACCAAUACGUUCACCUAAAAUAUCCAUAACUAAAUCUCCAAAGUUGGCACGAUCACGUUCUCCAAAAUUUUCGCCAUUGAGAUUAUCUCCUCAAUCUAGGUCACCACUAAGAUCAAGAUCACCUAGAAUAUCUCCAAGACGAAUAUCACCUUCGCGUAGAUUAUCACCUAAAUCAAAAUCUCCUGGGUUAUCCCCUCGAAGAGGAUCGUCACGUUUAAUGUCACCAAAAAUAUCACCACGAAGAAUGUCACCGCGAUCGAGGUCACCAAGAUUAUCUCCACGUAGAUCACCAUGGUCAUCACCUAGGAAUUCACCUCGUCUAUCUCCUAGACGGAAAAGAUCUCCAAGAUGGUCGCCUAAAGAACUAUCUCGAAAACAUGGACCACGAUCUAUUACUCCAGAUGGAACAUGUAGUCCAUCAUAUGCCAAGGAAGCAUCUCCGAUAAUUAAAAGUAGGGUAUCUCCAGAAAUAAAUCGUGUAAAAACAAAACAUAAAGAAGAAAGUUUUGAAGAUGCUACUAUGAUAGAAAAAGAAACUGUUGAUAUAAUUAAUGAUCCCGUAUUAGAAGCCAGGCGAAGAAAAUUUGAAUCUACAAAGCCCAUAGAUCCAAUUAAUGCAAAUAAAAAAAUUAAAUUAAAUAAAAAAGAAAAUAUAAGUAAGAAGGUAGAAUCGCUAGAAGAAGGAGAUAUUCAGACAGUAAGAAAAGUUAACAAAAUCACAGAGGAUUAUGAUAUUCAAGAAACAGAUUUAUGUUUAGAUACUCAUUACGAGUUUGAAGAGUUUGAACAAAGCAUAGAAAAUGCUUCUCCUAUUGCUAUUACGAGUUCUGUUAAUUCAUGUUUGGAUUUAGAAACUCAAAAUCUAGAAAAAGAAAGAUCCUCAAAAAAGAAGAAGAAACGCGACAAGGAAUUGUAUCAAGUGGGAAAAUUAAAAAAUGAACUUCCUCUUUCUGAACGUAUUGGAAAAGAUAAGAAGUGUAAGAAGCGUAAAGAUGUUAUUUCGGAUGGAUCAAGUGAGGAUAUGGAUGCCAUUUUUGAAGAUCUAGUAGUUGACAAAGAAAGUGAUUUACGAACCGAGUUAAGUAGAAGACGAGCAGAAAGAUUAAAUAGGACAGUGCCAAUUCAAUCUGCGAGAUUAGUACAAUCUGCUUUUAAGGGAGUUGUUAAUGAAGUUGUCAAAAGUAAUGCAAAAGUGAAUCAAAGACAUUUAGUUAAAGCGGAUGAAAAAACUAAUCAAAAAGAAGUUCGACGGGUUACGGUUCUUCAUAGGUCAAUAUCUGACAUACACGAUUCUGAAGAUGAAAGUACUCUAGAUUCAAAGGUGCCUGUGCGUUUUAGACUUGGUCUCAAUAAACAAGUACAAGAUACCAGGGAGUCAAAAGUUUCGCGAAAGACAUCUAAAAGACAGGGUCGCAAGGAAUAGAGUAAACGCGUGUUCUCCUGACAUAUUUAUAUGAAGAGUGCAUAGCUGUUCAUCUUACCUCCUAUUCUAAUAUCAUCAUAUGAAGAUAAGAUCUAUUAAAAGUUUAAUUGUAUAAAAAAUUGCACUCAUGUAGAGGAGAUAUCUGUCUUAUUUGACGUGUGACCUAACAUAAAGAUGAAAAAAUAACAUUCUUCUAGAAGACAAUAUCAAUAUUUCAAAAUACUUUAUGUAUGAUUGUAUCUAAUUAUUUAUUGUUAAGCAUUAUAGUAGAUAGUUGAUUACAUGUGAUUAUAAAUCAUUUGUUGUGUUAAAGUAUUUGUAAAUAAUUUACAUCAGUCACUCAUUUAAUAAAUAAGCAUCAUUAAUAAUCCCAAAGUCACCUUUUGUAAACCUAAGUAUAUUAUUAUUUUAAAAAUUCUAUAUAAAAGAAUCAAUCAAUUGUAAAUAAGAAUAUUGUUAAUAAGCGUGUGCAAGGUAAAAAAUAAGUUGUAUAUCAUGUAAAUUGAGUUAAUAUUAUUAAGGCACUGAAUAUAUUAUAUAAAGUGACCUAUAGCAACAGAAGAGUGAUUUUAUUAAAAUAUAUUUUUUACACUACAUAGUUCGAAAAUAACAAACACGAAUUUUUUAAGAUAACUAAGAAAUGCAGUGUAUUUUAAAAUGGCUUUUCUUCACUUGUUAUUUCAUACUUGAAUUAUGAACAUACAGUGUAAAUGAUUAUUGUAUUUAAGCAGGUAUAAAAGAGUGUAUCUUUUUCUGCACAUAUUUAGUGCUUAUGUGUAAAAUUAUGCUACUUAUAGUAUUAUGAUUCAGUUACUACAAUUAUACACUUUCAGAACUAAAGUAUUCAGUAAGUUGCAUUAUUCUACAUUUUCAUUACAGUCUCUACUGUAUUAGUAAAAAAGAUCUAUGUGAUUCUUUUCUUGUAUUUUACAUGAUAUUAAUUAAGACUCUGUUGAAUAAUUAGAUCUUAUUAUUACAACUAUAUUUUUAUGAAUAGCAUGUAAAAUACAUACUGAAAGUAAAUUAUUAUCAUGUGUUACCAAUAAGCUGAGAUAGUAGCCAAUAUACUUACAAAUGUAAACUUAGAUUAUUUCAGAUAUUAUAUUGCAUAAAUAAGAUAGCAUACUUCAUAGUAUCUAUGAAGGUGUAAGUGUUAUUUUUAAUUGAAUAAAAAAAUGAUAACUACA